AUGUAUAUGAAGAAAUAUUUUAUUUUUCUUAUAAUUUUAUGUUACGCUGAAGUUAAUGGACGCAUUUUUGAUUCUUCAAUUCAUUUGAGAAUUAAACGAGAUGGUAAGCUAAGUACAAGGUGGUUUACAAGAAAAGGUGGAAUAGAUAUUCCAAUAUCAUUAACAAGCGUAAUAACAUGUUUAACUGCUGGUAUUAAUGAAGCUUUUUGCCUUGGACCAAGAGUUAAUAUUUUUGAACCUAGGAAACUUGUUGCUACAGAUAAAGUUGGAUAUUUCCAUGGUUUUAGAAAUGGUGUUGAUUUAAGGAUGCUUGAAAAUGCAGGAAUAUAUGGAAUGUCAGAGGGAAACACAGAAGUUGGUCACCGGGUUGGUGCAACAGUUGCAGAUAGAGGAGUAGAAUUUGGAGCCGGACAACAAAUUUUUAAUUAUUAUAAAGACAAUCUUGGAGGAGUUGUUGAAGCUGACAAUAAUGGUUUUGGUUUAGAUUUAGGUUAUCGUGCUGCUGCGGCAGAUGAUAAAGUUAAAGUUCAAGCAACUUUAUUUGGUAUUACUGUCGGAAACCCACAAGGAGAUAUUGCUAAUCCACCUAUUAUGCCUGGCAGUAAAUAUAGAACACCGACAUCAUAUUAUUUUAGAAACUUGGCUACUGGUAAUAGAGCAGGAUUAGCUAUGUCCCAGCCACAAACAAGAGACCAAUGGUAUAAGUCACAAUUUUAUAACUAUGGAGAUGAAUACAGAACACCAAAAGAACGAGCAUGUCCUUGGUGCUUUGCAUCGGGAUCUCUUGGAAAAUAA